AUGAUUUCUUACAAAAUAAGUAUAACUUUUUUUUUAUAAAAAAAAUAAAUUAAUAUUAAUAUAAAAAAAAGAUAAAAAAAUCAUUAUAUAAGACGUAAAAGUAAUAGUAGAAAUAGUGCAGAAUCAAUAGUGUCAGAUUUAGUUUUUGGUAUUUUAAUAUUUAUUAGUGCUUUUCCAUUAUUAUGGUAUAAUGAAAGAGGUUAUGCUAAAACGAAACAAUUUUUAAAAAAAUGGUUAAAGAAAUGUAUAUAAAUAGAUUCUAUGUAAAUAGAUCCGUAAUUCGAGAAUGUUUUAGUAUUCACACAAGGCGAAACUAAAACUAACGAUAUAUUAAUAGACGGAGAUUUUAAUAUAUAAAUAAAUAAUUGUAUAAAAAUAAAAAGAAAAUGCUAAAUUUAUUGUUGGUAAGAAUAUAAACAUUCUAGAAGAAUAUCUAAUAAUUAUGAAGAAAUAUACUAUACUCAUAAUAUAGAUUGGAGAAACGAAUUUAUAGAUAGUUAAUAUUUUCAUGAAAAUAUAGGGCAUUAAAAUUAUAAAUAAGACUGGCUUUAUGAUAGUAAAGUUAUUUAUGCGCCGAAUGUAUUUUUUGGUACCUUUAAGCUUUCUGAAAAAUAAAAGGAAAUGUGUGAAAACAGCGAAAUUAUUAGAAUGAAUUAAUAAUAAUAUUAGGGCCAUAAGUAAAUUUAAAUAAUCUAAGACUAUAUUUAUUUCCGAAAAAUACCAAAUUAAAACUCUUGUGGAGAUUUUAGAGUUUAAUUUACUAAAUGUACAUGUGGAGAAAGUACUAUAAUAGCAAAAUAACACUAAAAUACAUUUGAAGUAUUUCAUCCUGGAGAUUAUAAUGAAGGCGAUACACAUUUUGGAGAUGCUUAAUGCUGUUCGUGUUGUUUUAGUAUUUGCGAAUUUUGUAGAUUUUUAAAUUAAGCAGUUGAUGAAAUCAAUUGGAUUAAAGAAAAGCACAUUUCUAAGGAGGAAUUCUUUAAUGAAAAACUAUAGAGCUAGGAAUUUAAAACUUGGCUUAUAAGGUUAUGUGGAUAUUUAUUACUUGUUUUUGGUAUUUUCCUUAUGCUUUCACCUAUUUAUAAGUUAUUAUAUUGGUUCCCGUUUGUUGGAAAGUUCUUAGGUACUAUAGGAUCUUUAAUAUGUUUAUUAGUUGGGUUAAUUGUUGCCAUUCCUCCUGCUAUAAUAGUUAUUGGACUUGCUUGGUUAUUUUAUAGAAAGGAAAUUGGAAUUCCAUUGUUAACUAUUGCAAUUGGGUUUAUUAUUUAUUUUAUUGUUAGUUAUUAAAAAGAUUAUAAAGGAGAUAAGGGUUAUUGA